AUGGUCCUCUUUUGUUUCAAGAAAAUCAUUACCAGUUUCAACUCUUGUCUCCGAUGUUUCUGUAGUAGAUGGUGUAGCCAAGACGGCCAUACCGGACGAAUUGUUGAAGAAUUCCCAGCCUCUGUGGAAGAGUUAUAUUGUAGGGUUUUUCAUCGGGGAUGCACCUCACAUAGGAAAGUCCACGCCACGGUGAAUAGGUUAUGGUCUUCGGACAAAUCAUCACGGAUCGAUGCUCAGUUUGUCAAUCCCAAAACAGUUCUAUUUCGAGUAGAGGAUUCUCAUAUGAGGCAGCGUAUCCUAAAAAGACACUUUUGGCAUAUUGGUGAAGUUCCUCUCGUGGUCCAGGAGUGGAGUCCAAAAACGGCUAAUCUUAAGCCGGAUCUGACGGCGAUGCCUGUUUGGGUGGAUUUUAAAGAUGUGUCGGACUAUCUCUUCACGGAGAAGUGCUUGAUGUUUCUAGGAGACAUUAUUGGUGCAGCCCAUAAACUACAUCCCAAUACGGAACGAUGUGUCAGACUUGAUGUAGCCAGAGUUCUUGUUGUAGUCAACCUGGAAAAAGAUUUACCACGCAUGAUCUCGCUGAGUGUCACAGAGGAGAUUCUAAUUCCGGUGAGUUAUCCUUGGCUACCUUCGCGAUGUGAAACAUGCCAGGUUUGGGGUCAUAAGGCAAGUGAAUGUGCGCAGAUGAAAAUGGGAGCUAUGGUAAAUCGUGGUGAGGUGAAAGUAGUAGAGACUGGUGGUGCAAGAAGUAAAGUAAAUGAUGUAUUGGUUAACACUUCCUCACCGGAAAGUGUAGCUGCUAAUGUGAUGACAGAAAAUAGGCUUGCUAGAAAGGACAAGGAGGUUGGACAAACAGAGAUCGCUAGUAAGGAGGUUUUAGCAAAACAGAGCUCUGAGAUGUUGAAGGAGAAAGAAGUAUUGUCACCAUCUCGGUUUAACAUUCUUUCGGAGAUUGCGGAGAAUGAUGAAAAAGAAGAAGGCGAAUUGGACGAGGGAACUGAACAUCCGGGUAAUGAAGAGGAUUCCUCUUCCUCAGAUGAGGAACCACCAAAAGUAUAA